CUUCGCAAUGCGAAGAUGGCGUCCCUGCUCCCUCCCCCAGGCAUCGAUGUGUUCCGCCCCUUCACGCAGCAGUCACUGGCGGAGAUCGAGAGGCUCCAGGAGGAAAUUAAAAAGGCCCCAGUAGUAGAUGGCCAGGAGGAUGAAGAUAAACCAAUCCCACACCCUGAUCUGGAAGCAGGCAAGGGUCUGCCCAUGAUCUUCGGAGAACCUCCACCAGAGCUCCUAAAUACACCUCUGGAGGACCCGGACCCGUUCUACAAGGCACACAAAACAUUCAUUGUGGUCACCAAAGGAAACACGCUCUACAGGUUCAAUGCUGAACCGGCUUGCUACAUUCUGAGCCCCUUUAGUGUGGUUAGGAGAGGAGCCAUCAAAAUUCUCAUACAUUCAUUAUUUAGUAUGUUCAUCAUGAUUACGAUUCUGUCGAACUGUGUAUUCAUGACGAUGAGCAACCCACCAGCAUGGAGUAAAACUGUUGAGUAUGUUUUUACUGGUAUUUAUACCAUUGAGGCAACAGUCAAAGUGUUGUCGAGAGGUUUCUGUGUUGGGUCUUUUACAUUCCUUCGAGAUCCAUGGAACUGGCUGGAUUUCAUGGUGAUCAGCAUGGCAUACGUCACUGAGUUUGUUGACCUUGGCAAUGUGUCAGCCCUUCGGACGUUUCGUGUACUUCGAGCCCUAAAAACAAUUACUGUGAUUCCUGGUUUGAAAACCAUUGUGGCCGCUUUGAUCCAGUCAGUGAAGAAAAUGGUGGACGUCAUGGUUCUGACGGUCUUUGCUCUGGCGGUUUUUGCCCUAGUUGGCCUUCAACUUUUUAUGGGGAAUCUGCGUCAGAAAUGCAUACGAUGGCCCAUCCCGUCAAAUGAAACAGACCUUUUUAACAACACCUCCAUAUUUAAUGACACUGUGUCCUUUAAUGACACCAUGUUCUUCAACGACACCAUGGGGUUCAACGAUACAGAAUAUUUAAAUAGUACCUUCAAUUUCAUUGAAUAUAUCGAAAACCCAGAUAAUCAGUAUUUUGUGGAAGGCAGCCACGAUGCUCUUAUAUGUGGAAACAGUUCUGAUGCUGGAAAGUGUCCAGAAGGAUAUACAUGCAUGAAGGCUGGGGAAAACCCCAACUAUGGCUACACCAGCUUUGACUCUUUUGGCUGGUCCUUCCUAGCCCUCUUCAGACUCAUGACUCAGGACUACUGGGAGAACCUUUUCCAACUGAUCCUGCGGGCGGCUGGAAAGACAUACAUGCUGUUCUUUGUGGUGAUUAUCUUUCUGGGCUCCUUCUACCUCAUAAACCUCAUCCUGGCUGUGGUAGCCAUGGCUUAUGAAGAACAGAAUCAGGCAACCCAGCGAGAGGCCAUUGAGAAAGAGGAGGAGUUCCAGCGACUACUAGCGCAACUCAAGAAUCAAGAACAGGCCCAACUUCUUGGGAGCCAAGCCAGUCUAACCAGUAAGAAGUCGGUCAGUCAUUGCACAGCGUCUGAGUUGGCAGAUGAUGAACACAGCCUCGAACGUGACGAAGUUGUCAAGGAUUGUAACGGGAGAGUCAUUCCCCAGCUAAUGGUCAGAUCGCCGACCAUGGUGGAGUCUGCUGCCGAUUAUGAACUCAGAGAGAAGUCAUUAGGCUCUGUGCACAGCACGUUUCAUCUGGACCAACCAGGCCUGACAACAAGAUCUGCUAGCGCUGUGUCUGUGCUCACUGCUAAGGAAGAGUUGGAGGAGGCUCAGAGGCCGUGUCCACCUGGGUGGUAUAAGUUUGCCGACAGGGUCCUUAAGUGGAACUGCUGCGAGAGGUGGGUGGUCUUUAAAAAGUGGAUGCACUUUGUGGUGAUGGACCCUUUUGUCGACCUGGCCAUUACCAUCUGCAUCGUGCUCAACACCCUCUUCAUGGCCAUGGAGCACUACCCCAUGACCCCCGAGUUUGACUACAUGCUCUCAGUGGGGAAUCUGGUUUUCACUGGGAUCUUCACAUCAGAAAUGGUCUUUAAGCUCAUUGCCAUGGACCCCUACUACUACUUUCAAGUUGGCUGGAACAUUUUUGACAGCAUCAUUGUCACCCUCAGUUUGGUGGAGUUAGGGCUGGCGAAUGUCCAGGGUCUGUCCGUCCUCAGGUCCUUCCGUUUGCUUCGUGUCUUCAAACUAGCCAAGUCCUGGCCCACGCUCAACAUGCUGAUCAAAAUCAUCGGUAACUCAGUGGGAGCUUUAGGAAACCUGACUUUGGUGCUGGCCAUCAUCGUCUUCAUCUUCGCUGUGGUGGGCAUGCAGCUCUUUGGCAAGAACUACAAGGAAUGUGUGUGCAAGAUCUCCUCAGAUUGUGAGUUGCCACGCUGGCACAUGACCGACUUCUUCCACUCUUUCCUCAUUGUUUUCCGCAUCCUGUGCGGGGAGUGGAUAGAGAACAUGUGGGCCUGCAUGGAGGUGUCCGGGACGGGAAUGUGCUUAGUGGUCUUCAUGAUGGUGAUGGUCAUUGGAAAUCUAGUGGUUUUGAACCUCUUCCUCGCCCUGCUGCUCAGCUCAUUUAGUGGAGACAACCUCUCGGGAGGAGACGAGGACGGCGAGCUGAACAACCUCCAGAUUGCAAUUGGCAGGAUCACACGGGGAAUUAAUUGGUUGAAAGCGUUCCUCAUUCGAACUAUCCUGCAGAUGUUCGAAGGAAAGCCUCGGGAGUCCGAGGAAGGCCCUGGGGAUGACGAGGACCCUAAAACGGAGGGAAUUGAAAUGAACCACUUGGAAAACAGUCAGAACUUCAAAAUGACAGACGGGAUUUCUAAUUGUUUGGUUGAAUGCCGGCCCUCUGGAUUUAUUGUGGAUGGGGAAAUCAUUCUCGAUGUGCCAAUUGCCCAGGGGGAGUCAGACUUUGAAAACCUGGGAGAGGAUGAUGAGGAUGAAGAUGACAGUGAUGACUCAGAUGUUUUAGAUGACAAAGACAACUCAGACGAUGGGGAUUCAUCAGUGUGCAGCACAGUGGACUACCAACCACCUGAGCCUGAACCAGAAGAAGAGGAAGAAGAGGAGCCUGAACCAGUGGAACCAGAAGCCUGCUUCACCGACGAUUGUUUCAGGCGGAUGCCGUGUCUCAUUGUGGACAUAACCAAAGACAGAGGCAAGAAAUGGUGGAACCUCCGCAGGACUUGCUUUACUAUUGUGGAGCACGAUUGGUUUGAAACCUUCAUUAUAUUCAUGAUCCUUCUCAGCAGUGGAGCUCUGGCAUUUGAAGACAUACACAUAGAAAGACGCCGAACCAUCAAAACUAUUCUGGAGUAUUCUGACAAAGUUUUCUCCUACGUCUUCGUCAUCGAGAUGCUCCUUAAAUGGGUCGCAUAUGGCUACAAGACGUACUUCACCAACGCUUGGUGUUGGUUAGACUUUUUCAUUGUAGAUAUCUCCCUGAUUAGUUUAGCUGCCAACUGGAUGGGCUACUCUGAACUUGGACCAAUUAAAUCCCUCCGAACUCUCAGGGCACUGAGGCCUCUUCGAGCGCUGUCAAGAUUUGAAGGGAUGAGGGUGGUAGUCAACGCUCUUAUCGGAGCAAUUCCCUCAAUCUUCAACGUGCUGCUGGUGUGUCUGAUCUUCUGGCUCAUCUUCAGCAUCAUGGGAGUUAACCUGUUUGCUGGCAAGUUCUACCGCUGCAUCAACACCACCACGGAGGAGCUUUUCGAGAUGAGUGUGGUCAACAACCGGAGCGACUGCAUGGCCAUCAUGGAAGCCACACAGGACGCCCGCUGGGUCAACGUCAAAGUCAACUAUGACAAUGUCGCAAAAGGCUACUUGUCCCUGCUUCAAGUGGCAACUUUUAAAGGUUGGAUGGACAUCAUGUAUGCUGCUGUUGACUCAAGAGAGGUGGAGGAACAACCUUCCUAUGAGAUCAACCUCUACAUGUACAUAUACUUUGUCAUCUUCAUCAUCUUUGGCUCUUUUUUCACACUUAACCUUUUCAUUGGUGUCAUUAUUGAUAAUUUCAACCAACAAAAGAAAAAGUUUGGAGAUAAAGACAUCUUUAUGACUGAGGAACAAAAAAAAUACUACGAGGCCAUGAAGAAACUUGGUUCCAAGAAGCCACAGAAGCCAAUUCCACGGCCAACGAACCUAAUCCAGGGUAUGGUGUUUGACUUCAUCAGUCAGCAGUUCUUUGACAUCUUCAUCAUGGUGCUUAUCUGCCUCAAUAUGGUGACCAUGAUGGUGGAGACGGACAACCAGAGUCACGAAAAGGAGGAUUUCCUCUUUAAAGUCAAUGUGGCUUUCAUUGUAGUCUUCACCGGAGAGUGUAUUUUGAAGCUAUGUGCCCUGCGACAAUACUUCUUCACCAAUCCGUGGAAUGUUUUUGAUUUUGUUGUCGUCAUCUUGUCAAUAGCUGGUACAAUGCUCUCAGACAUAAUUGAGAAGUACUUUGUGUCACCAACCUUGUUCAGAGUGAUCAGACUGGCCAGAAUAGGCAGGAUUCUGCGUCUCAUUAAAGGAGCUAAAGGCAUUCGGACCCUUCUCUUCGCUCUACUGAUGUCUCUUCCCGCUCUAUUUAAUAUCGGCCUCCUGCUCUUCCUCAUCAUGUUCAUCUUCUCCAUAUUUGGCAUGUCAAACUUUGCUUACGUCAAAAAGGAGGCUGGGAUUGAUGAUAUUUUUAAUUUCGAGACGUUUGGCGGUAGCAUCAUCUGCUUGUUUCAGAUUACGACGUCCGCUGGGUGGGAUGGACUUUUACUUCCGAUAAUGAACAGGGAAGCUCCAGACUGCGAUCCAACCGUUGAUAAUCCAGGCACGGAUGUAAAGGGUAACUGCGGCAGCCCGGGCUUGGGCAUGAUGUUCUUCUGCACCUACAUCAUCAUCUCAUUUUUAGUGGUGGUCAACAUGUACAUUGCCAUCAUCUUAGAAAACUUCAACGUGGCGCAGGAGGAGAGUGGUGACGCCCUCUGUGAGGACGACUUUGAGAUGUUUAAUGAGACUUGGGAGAAGUUUGACAUAGAUGGAACCCAGUUCAUUAAGUACAGCCAGCUCUCUGACUUUUGUGACACCUUACAGGAGCCAUUGAAGGUGGCCAAGCCCAACCGGCAUCGCUUGAUUAAUAUGGACCUACCCCUGGUCAUUGGGGACAGGAUCCACUGCCUGGAUGUUUUAAUUGCGGUCACGCAGAUGGUUUUGGGAGACACGGUGGAGAUGGCGGCAAUGCGAUUGAGCAUUGAGGCUAAAUUUAUCCUGAGUAACCCCACCUCAGACUCAUUUGCGCCAAUUACUACAACUGUGCGCCACAAAGAAGAGGAGUGGGCUGCUGUAGUAAUUCAGAAGGCUUACCGCCACCACCUGCUGAAACGCUGCAUACGCCACGCUGCUUUCAUGCACCACUCAAAGAAGACGGAGAGAAAAGAGACAGAUGGAGAUCCGCCGGAAAAAGAGGGGCUGCUUGCACGAAAGAUGGGAGUGCUUUACGGUAGCAAUGCUCUUUAUCCCGAGACAUUAUCACAUUACACAGAGGCCGAAGCUGGUCCAGAACCUCGUGAGCCAAAUAUCAUGGUUGUACCUGUAGAAAUUACUAAUGAGGUUUUAUUACAUUCUGCCCCCAAUCCAUACCUCUUCGCCCUACAUGCAAAUCUGAGAGAGUCAAUUGUAUAG